AGAACAGAUUGCGUGUUUUUUUGUUUGCUGACGUGUCGAGAUAACUCGUGUGCCGCCACCACGCACACGAUGCUGCUCGCACGACGGGCAGUUGCACCUCCUGCGUGGAAUGCAGUCGCCUUGGUAACGACGCGGAGGACGGCCCACGCGUCCUACUCCUCAUCCUCCUUACCAGCGCCCGCCCCAUUUGCAGCUGCUCCUCCGCCGUCGCCUCUCAUCGCUACAUCGCCUAACUCCGGCGUCCUGACUCCACCACUCCUGCACUUCAACCUCAAAUCCCUGCCACCGCAGCUGCAACGCGAGUUUGACGUGGAGGCCAACCAACGUGCCCUGCGCCACCUACGCCGCAACGCACCUCCCGGCGACACCAGCAGCAACAGCAGCGCGGCCUCCGCCGCUUCCUCGGAGGUGCACGUGAGCGCCGCCACUGUCCACAAAGUGAUGUGGAGAUGCGCGGGGUGCAACGCUCGGUGGUCAGCUCGCCCCUCGGACCGCGUGAAUCCUCAAACCGCCGACGCCCACCGCUGUCCGAGGUGCUAUGGAGAUGCCGUACGCCCACCGUCUGCGUCGAGCUCAACGCAUCUCUCUUCACGUCAGCAGCCAACGGAUGCCACACCUGUGUGUCCGUCUAGCCUGUUGUGUGAGGCGCACCCGCCACUCGCGGCGCAGUGGGAUGCGCAACGCAAUCAGCUCUUGCAGAACAACGUGCUGCAAGGUGUGACAGAAGUCCAUACGUCCGCUUCUACACGAGUCUGGUGGAGAUGUCCGCUGUGCCGUACACCCUGGCUAGAGUCCGUCGCGAGCCGCGUCACGCGCUACGAGCUCGCUCUGCAAUCUUUAAGAACGUCUGCAUCGGCGACGCUGGCAGCGCUGGUGUGCCCUGCCUGCGAGCGUCGUGGGGUGUCGCGUGGGGCUGCAUCGGUUUCUUCUGGUCCUGCUGCUGCCUCGACCGGCCCACGUCGUUUCCUGCGUGAUGAUCGCCUGUUGUUGUCGGAGGCCCUCCUGCGGCCCUCGCAGGACCCCGCCGAGAUUUCGUUGACGAGCGAAGCGAUGCUGCAGUGGCGCUGUCGCACGUGCCAGUUUGAGUACGGCGCCACGGUCGCCAACCGCUUUCUGCGCCACGAGCGCUGCCCGCAGUGCACGGGAAAGGAGAAGUCGAUGAUGAACCUGUUGGUGAUCCAGCGGCCAGACGUGGUGGCAGAGGUGAGCCGGCACGUCUCCCGCACACGGCUGCGCCACCUUACGGUGCACGAUGACACGGAGCUGCCGUUCGUGUGCCGGACGUGCUUUUCUCCGUAUCGCAUGACGGCACGGGCCCGGUGCGCCGUGCCCCGCGGUGUGCCGGCGUGUUCGAAGUGCUUCCUCACCGGCACGCAGGUGCUGGCGGAGGCGCACCAACAGAUGCGGCAGAAGGGGGCGCAGCACCUCACUGCUCGCGCGCGUCGUCGCGUGCAGCAGAAGACCCUGCAGCUGAGUCGCAGCAACCGCAGCGCGGAUCGUCUGGCGGCAACGGCGAACGAGCUGCGGCAUCGCGAUGGGGCGCUGAAAGACUGA